AAAACUAUAAAUUUCCAAAAUGAAUUAUGGAACGAUAUCAUCUAUACCAACGAAUUCUUCAAGAAGUACUGAAUUGAUGAAUAGAGAUAGGUCAAAAUUCAGAAAGAAAAUUGAUGAAGUUAGAGAAAAGCUUGCAAGAAAGUUUGAAUCUCGUCAAGCUCAUUGGAUAAUACUUGGAUUAGUAGCAGCAGAUUUUAUUUCCGUUUUUUCAGUAAUAAUUGUAUCGUUUUUAUGGCCAGAAUUUGAAGAAAAAGAACAUAUUUUCUUUGAAGUUCUUGAAUAUAUCGCAUUUACAAUAAAUUUUAUUUUCGUUAUUGAAGUGAUUUUAAAAUUGUUCAUUUUUGGAAUUCGCUAUUUCAUAAAAGAUCAUCACUGGCAAUUACAUCUUUUUGAUGCGGUUAUCAUAAUAACAACAUUUCUUUUAGACUUUUUCCUCAAAGGAAAACAAAGAGAAGUUGCAGGAUUAUUGAUUUUGUUUCGUCUUUGGAGGUUAAUUAAAGCUCUUAGUACCGUUGCUGUAGGAAUAAUUGAAUAUGAUGAAGAUAAAGUUGAUAAUUUAAAAUCUCAAGUUAAACAAUUAAAAGAAGAAUUGAAAAUUUUAUUAACGGAAAUUGAUAAAAUGGCGAAAGAGGAAAAUUGGGAUGAACAAAAAAGGGCUCGCGUGUUUAAAAGUCAUCAAGUUUUUUUAUUGAGUGAAGAUAUUGGAGAUGACGUUAAUGUUAAUUUAGACGUUUAAAUUAAAAUAUUUCUUUUCCGUAUAUUUUUUUUUUUUCUUUUCUAUUU